UCAGUUGAGCGCGAGCGUUUUCGCGACGUUCUACAUUUGAAUUAUUUUAAUUUUAAAAUUACGCUCGUUAGUUUUCGUACGCGGAUUUUUUUUAACUGCCAGAACUUUAAAGCUGUGAUAGUUUUUUUGUGUGAGGAAUAUUCUGGGUAAUAAGAUUUAGACAACCUACGAUGGAUCCCCUUCUAGUAGAUAUCAUACAUUUCUACCCUGUAGAGAACGCACAGCCGCACAAUACCAAAAAAUUUGAAGCGCUGAACAUAGAACCAGCUACCGACGUCACAACCACCAUAGUGAGGCGUGGCCAACCCUUCAACGGGGUGGUGCGUUUCAACAGACCCUACGAUGAGAGCGAUGAUACCGUGCAGCUAUUGUUCACACUUGGCGACAAACCCGCAAUGGAUACCCAGGGAUCAGUGUUCCUGAAAAGGGACGCGGUGCCUGACAAACAUUCCUGGAGUGCCAAAAUAGUGGAAGUGGGAAACGAGGAUAACACCAUAUCCUUCGAGAUUUCAACUCCAGUAAACUUGCCAGUUGGUAGCUGGGCGCUCCGAGUUGUCACCAGGUUGAAGAGUUCACAGGCGCGGGAGGUGUAUGACUUCGAUCAGGACUUUUACAUCCUCUUCAACCCCUGGAAUCCAGAUGAUCAAACCUACAUGGAAGAUACCGACUUGCUUCAAGAGUAUGUGCUGAAUGACAUAGGGAAGGUGUGGGUGGGUCCCAUUAAGACUACGAAAGGGAAGCCGUGGUCAUACGGACAGUUCGACGCUGUGGUACUGCCAGCGGUGAUGUUCAUGUUGGACCGCGCUGAGAUGCCUUUCCAUCAGCGUGGAGACCCAGUGAAAGUCUCAAGAGUCAUCUCUCGCAUAGUUAACUCCAACGACGACCAAGGCGUCCUGAUCGGGCGAUGGGAUGGUGAAUACGAUGAUGGAACUGCACCCUCCGAGUGGACCGGCUCCGUGGACAUCCUGGCGCAAUACCUGGAGUUCCAACAGGAGGUGGCUUAUGGACAGUGCUGGGUGUUCGCUGGUGUUGUUACUACCGUUUGCCGCGCCCUCGGUAUCCCCUCAAGGGUAGUCUCCAACCUGGUAUCAGCUCACGACGCCAACAGUUCGCUGACGGUGGACAAAUACUACACUGAGACAAUGGAGGAGCUGAGCUUUGACCCCAACAACCCUCAGGGCGCCGACUCCAUCUGGAACUACCAUGUGUGGAAUGACGUUUGGAUGGCUAGGCCUGACCUGCCACCAGGUUACGGUGGCUGGCAAGCUGUAGACGCAACUCCUCAAGAGACGUCGUCAGGAAUGUUCCAAUGCGGUCCAGCUCCCCUAGAAGCCAUCAAACAAGGCGUGAUCGGCCUGAACUAUGAUGUUGAGUUCAUGUUAGCUUCAGUAAAUGCAGACCUGAUGAGGUGGAGGAAGGACCCUGAAUCAGAGACUGGGUAUUCGAUGGUCGAUACCAACAAUUAUCAUAUCGGCCGCAUGAUCUUGACAAAGAAGCCCUUCGUAUUCGACCCUAUUGGAGAUGAGGACAGGCAGGACAUACUGGGCGAGUACAAACACAGUGAAGGAACUGCUUCAGAGAGAAUGGCCUUGAUGAACGGAGUUCGGUACUCGGAGAGAGCAAAGAGAUACUACUCUGUCGCCGCUAAUUUAACGAGCGAUAUCACAUUCAAACUGCGUGACAUCGACACCGUUCCCAUUGGCAAGGAGUUUAGGGUGAUUGUCGAUAUCGACAACAAUUCUGAAGAGGGUCGUAACAUCAAAGCAGCUUUGACGGCAACGAGUGUGUUCUACAACGGUGUAAGAGCUGAGCUAGUCAAGAAGAUCGAAGGGAAAAUCUUCGUCGGCCCUACCAAGCAUGAAGAAAUCAGUAUCCUAGUGAAACCAGACGACUAUUUGCCGAAGUUGGUGGAGUACUGCAACAUCAAGAUUUCUGCGAUGGCCAUCGUGGACGAGACCAAGCAGUCGUGGGCUGACGACGAUGACUUCCAAGUGCUGAAGCCCAAUAUUAAUAUUAAGUUCAACGAAGAUCUGAUCAUCGGGCAACCAGCGACCGCGGUCCUGUCAUUCGUGAACCCCCUGGAUAGACAUUUAACGGGUUGCGAGUUCAGACUGACUUCCUCAGGCAUCGCUGGUAGAACUCUUCGUUUGGCGGCAUCUGGUGCUGAGCCUUUACAGCUUCUCAGUGUUGAACUGCCAGUUCAGCCGAUUAAACUUGGCAAAAUCAAUUUCGUGGCAACAUUCAAAUCCGCUGAACUGAAGGACAUAAACGGUGCAGCCAGCGUUGACGUCUACGAAGGAUAACUUACAUGUUUAAGUUUAUUUGUUAGUUCAGAACAGUGGUGUAACUAUUAUGUCAAAUUGUAUUCGGUAACUGCUUGGAAUGUCGCUAACCCAUUGAUUAAAUAUGUUACCUUCUAUGAGAGUUCUCUGUAACGUACCAAUACCAAUCUGCAUUUUAAGGUGAACCUUGCCCUAAACCUCACCCAAUCUGCGAGGAGACCCGUUCCAUGUAGUGGGCCGGUAAUAUGUUGAAGAUUAUAACCAACUAGCUGUGCCGGAGAACUUCGUACUGCGGAUCAUUUUUUUUUUUAUGAAUGUUAUAUUUUAAUACUUAGGUACUUCCGGUCUAAAAGGAAUCCAAAAAAUAAAAUAUCAUAAAAAUUGAUCCAGCCGUUCUUGAAUUAUAAAUGGUGUAACUAACACAACUUUCUUUUAUAUAUAGAUUAAAAAGUUUGUACCUUUAUACUUUGACAGCUACCCCACUGUUCACUAUAAAUCUAAAGUUUAAUUCAAUAAAUAUACUCGUAAAUUUAAGGCAAAUAGGUUAAGUACUUUAUAUACAUAUAUUUUUAUAGAAGAUCUAUUUUUUGUUACUAUAUUGAAUAUUGUACCUACGUUAUACGUAAUUCUGAGAUUAUACAGAUAAUAACAUGUGCCAUAUAAUGGCAACAUUUUUCGAAUCGGUAGCUUUUAUAACAAAUUUAAUUGUAAAUUAAAAGUAAGUGAACGUUAAGUAUUACCGACGAAACCGUGCCGCUAAGCGAUUUAGCGUUCCGGUACGAUGUCGCGUAGAAACUGAUUGGAGGUACCCCCUAUCAGGCUAGCCCGCUACCGUUUUAGACUGCAUCAAUAG